AUUGAUUAAUAGCUCUGCGAGGGGACACACUGACUGUUAUAAUAACACUACACCAGCAACUGCUGUUUCCCCAGCAGCCGGAUCUCAGACAGGAGUCAGUGGCAGAUAGCCAUUUUUCUUCUUUAGGAAGCCAACAACUUGUUUGCUAGUUUUAUUUCUGUUGGAUAUUUUUUUCUUUCUUUUCUUUUCUUUUUUUUUUUUUUUUUUUUUUUUUUGGUGGUGGUCGUUUAUAAGUGUGGAGGGCAAAAGGAGACACCAACCCAGACUCAGUCCAACCCCUCUCCAAAACGGCUUCUCUGGCACUCCAGGUAGCGAGGGAGUUGGGUCUCCAGGUUGCGCGAGGAUCAAAUGAUGACCGCCAAGGCUGUAGACAAAAUCCCAGUAACUCUCGGUGGUUUUACGCACCAGCUGCCUGACAGCAUCUACCCGGUGGAGGAUCUCGCCGCCCCGUCGGUGACCAUCUUUCCCAAUGCCGAACUGGGAGGCCCCUUUGACCAGAUGAACGGAGUGGCCGGAGAUGGUAUGAUCAACAUUGACAUGCCCGCGGAGAAGAGGCCCUUGGAUCUUCCGUAUCCUACCAGCUUUGCUCCCAUCUCUGCGCCCAGAAACCAGACCUUCACUUACAUGGGCAAGUUCUCCAUUGAUCCCCAGUACCCUGGUGCCAGCUGCUACCCAGAAGGCAUUAUCAAUAUUGUGAGUGCAGGCAUCUUGCAAGGGGUCACCCCUCCAGCUUCAACCACAGCCUCAUCCAGCGUCACCUCUGCCUCCCCCAACCCACUGGCCACAGGACCCCUGGGUGUGUGCGCCAUGUCUCAGACUCAGCCUGACUUGGACCACCUCUACUCUCCACCACCACCUCCUCCUCCUUACUCUGGCUGUUCGGGAGAGCUCUACCAGGACCCUUCUGCAUUCCUGUCGCCACCCACCACUUCCACCUCCUCACUGGCCUACCAGCCACCUCCUUCCUACCCAUCCCCCAAGCCAGCCAUGGACCCAGGUCUCAUCCCUAUGAUCCCAGACUAUCCUGGAUUUUUUCCAUCUCCGUGCCAGAGAGACCCACAUGCUGCAGCUGGCCCAGAUCGUAAACCGUUUCCCUGCCCCCUGGACUCCCUGCGGGUCCCCCCUCCACUCACGCCACUCUCCACCAUCCGUAACUUUACCCUGGGGGGGCCCAGUGCUGGGGUCACAGGACCAGGAGCCACUGGAGGCACUGAGGGACCCAGGCUGCCUGGCAGCAGCUCUGCUGCAGCCUAUAACCCGCAUCACCUGCCACUGCGGCCCAUCCUGAGGCCACGCAAGUACCCCAACAGACCCAGCAAGACACCAGUACACGAGAGGCCCUACCCGUGCCCAGCAGAAGGCUGUGACAGGCGGUUCUCCCGCUCCGACGAGCUGACCAGGCACAUCCGAAUCCACACUGGCCAUAAGCCCUUCCAGUGUCGGAUCUGCAUGCGCAACUUUAGCCGCAGUGACCACCUCACCACUCACAUCCGCACCCACACCGGGGAGAAGCCCUUCGCCUGUGACUACUGUGGCCGAAAGUUUGCCCGGAGUGACGAAAGGAAGCGGCACACCAAGAUCCACCUGCGACAGAAGGAGCGGAAGAGCAGUGCUCCCUCAUCCUCAGUGCCUGCCCCCUCCACAGCCUCUGGUCCUGGGGGCUCGCAGGCCGGGGCCAGCCUGUGCGGUAACAGCACGAUUGGGGGAGGACCACUAGCCUCCUGCACCUCUCGGACCCGGACACCAUGAGACGAAGCUGCGGCCAGCACACCGGUUCCUCCAGGCCCCAGAGGCCCUCCAUCCACUGCACGACACACACUACCACCCUUCCCUGCCCCUCCGAUACCUGGGCAAAGGACCUUAGUGGAGCCCAGCCAUGCCCCUUCUUAGAAGCAAAGCCUUUUUACUCUCCUAGGGAGGCAAUGCGGAUGCUCAGAAGAGGGUUGGGUGCGGGCUUCCCCAUCCCCCCCAGGCUAGAGGGCCGAGGCCUGACCUUGCUUGAGGACUGUUUCUCACCAUUCCCAUUAUUUUGGCCCUGGAUGCCAGUUGACCUGAGAUUUGUUCUACAGUUGGUUGGGAGAUGCUGAUCCCUGGGAGUGGGACAGCAAAAAGACACAGCAAACCUGAUCUGCACUUUAUAGCUUGGGACUGAUCUGGGGGAGGUUGGAUAGUGAGUGGAGCCUGGCCUUUCCUGGCACAAUCUGUUGCCCUAGAACAGUGAACUGAAGUUUACCUGGUUGUCUCUACCCUUAAGCAAUGCGCACUAAAAACGCACAGAACGUAAGGGCAGUGAUGGGAGGGACAAAGCAACAUGGGCUUCUUCCUUGAGAAACAGACUAUUUUUUCAAUGAACACCUAUUCAGAUUUUGUGUAUUUUUGAUGUGCACUGUUCUUCAUAUUCUGAACCUUUGGGGUAGGGGAACAUGCACAGAAUUUAUGAUCUCUUGAAAGGAAUAAGAGGUUAACUUAUUUAAAGGGGGAUGUACAUACACUCUCUAGAAUUUGGAUGCAUGCAGUUGUGUUGAAGUGUUCUUGGUGCCUUGUGUGAUGUGGACAGUGUUACAGGGUCUGCAUGUAGGCGGGAUGCCUUACUAUGGAAAAAAAAAUCACUCCCUCAGUUUAAGUAUGCUGUAUAUUUCUGCCUAUUAAUAUUUGAAAUUUUUUUAGAAAGUAUAUUUUUGUAUGCUCUGUUUUGUGACUUAAAA